AUGGAGGGCGACCCGGCGGGAGAGGCCGCGCGCGAGCGGGGGGGGGCGCGGGGGCGCGAGGGGGGCGCACCCGCCUUUCCCUUCGCAGCGUCGCCCGCCCGCCGCCCGCCCGCCGCCCCGCCGCGGCUCUCGGAGGACCCGAGCGGGCGCCCCCCGCGGCCGGAGCCGUUCGCCAAGCUGGCCGCGGCCUACGGCAGCAGCCUGGCCUGGCGGGGGCGGGCACUGGCCGAGCGCCUGGUGCCGCUGCGCCGCCUGCAGUGCUACUUCGCGGUGGACACGCGGUACGUGGGGCAGAAGCUGGCGCGGCUGCUCUUCCCCUUCGGGCACCAGGACUGGCAGGUGCGCUACCAGCAGGACCCCCCCGUGGCGCCCCGCUUCGACGUCAAUGCCCCCGACCUCUACAUCCCAGUCAUGGCCUUCAUCACCUACCUGCUGGUGGCUGGGCUGGCGCUGGGGACUCAGAAUCGGUUCUCCCCUGACCUGUUGGGCUUGCUGGCGAGCUCCACCCUGGCGUGGCUCAUCCUGGAGGUGUUGGCCAUUCUGAUCGGUCUCUACCUUGCGGCCGUCAACACCGAACUGACCCCCAUCGACCUGAUUGCCUUCUCAGGUUACAAAUAUGUUGGCAUGAUUGCAGGCCUCUUGGCAGGGCUGCUCUUUGGGAAGACCGGUUAUUACAUGCUGCUCGGCUGGUGCUGUGUCACCGUCUUUGUGUUUAUGAUCCGUUCGCUACGCCUGAAGAUCCUGUCAGAGGCAACCGAGGGGGUCCCAAGGCGGGACACCAACAACCAAGUGCGCAUGUACCUGACCAUGGCUGUGGCUGGGCUGCAGCCCCUCCUCAUGUACUGGCUCACCUUUCAGCUCAUCUACUGAUGCUUUGCUCCAGCAGCUGCUUUGGGGCCCCAACACCCAGCAUUUCCAAACUGUCCCCUCUCCCCGGCCGCCCUGGUUGUGCAGAAGACACAGAGGAGGGCAAGUGGGUUUUCCUGGGCCCUAAAUCACAGCUCCCCAGUCCUUCUUUGGAAGGUGCCUGGCAGUUUGCACUGCUCCCACCUUGAUUUGGCUCAGGACGUUUGCUUGUCCUGCUCUUUUCGGUCUGGUUCUUGUCCAGCCAGGCUGGUCACUCCUGCAGAGGAACUGGGGAAAGGGCCUGCUUUCCUGUCUCUUCAGGAUAUGGAAUUCCCCGCUUGCCACAAACAAAAUAAAAUGUGGGAGGCAG